AUGUUGGAGAAGGUUGCACUGAAGGAGAGAGUGGUAAUGUUGGAGAAGGUUGCACUGAAGGAGAGAGUGGUAAUGUUGGAGAAGGUUGCACUGAAGGAGAGAGUGGUAAUGUUGGAGAAGGUUGCACUGAAGGAGAGAGUGGUAAUGUUGGAGAAGGUUGCACUGAAGGAGAGAGUGGUAAUGUUGGAGAAGGUUGCACUGAAGGAGAGAGUGGUAAUGUUGGAGAAGGUUGCACUGAAGGAGAGAGUGGUAAUGUUGGAGAAGGUUGCACUGAAGGAGAGAGUGGUAAUGUUGGAGAAGGUUGCACUGAAGGAGAGAGUGGUAAUGUUGGAGAAGGUUGCACUGAAGGAGAGAGUGGUAAUGUUGGAGAAGGUUGCACUGAAGGAGAGAGUGCACUCAGCACUCUGCUCCCCACCCGCCCAUCAGGACUCUGCUGACGAGUACGACAGCGAGGCAGCACGAGUGACAGCAGCCAGUACGUACCUGAUUGAGCAGCUGGAGCCGCCCCCUCAGUACGCCUCCAGGCCCCCCCCGCACAUCCUGCCUCCGCCCCCUUCCCACAACGACCUCAACAUGGACGAUGCCUACGACGACGUGAGACGCAACCAGUACAACGCCGCUCUAGACCGUGCGGCGGCGGGGUACGGGACCCUGGGUCGCCGCAACACCACGCCCGACCACUAUAACAUUACUGCUGCUGACGACCACUACCCGCUCUCCAACCGCUACAACACCUACCAGCCUCCGCCCGCUCCGCUCACCCCCCUCGCCAGCACCCAAAACAACGGGUCGUUACGGAGGAAUCCGCCUUCCAAGCUCCACUUCCCAAAGGACUACAUCCGCAACGGGUCUAUGAACAUCCCCGUGUCGUCAUCGUCGUCUACGGGCGUGGGUGUGGGUGGUGGCCAGUACAGUAGCAAGCCUCAGUCUCCCACCCGCGCCCACCCGCCCCCACACACGCCCAUGCUUUCCACCUUCGCUCCGGAUGCUGGUCAGCUCUCUGCGGCUGGUGUUCCCUUGGAGCACCGAGGUCAUUUGGUGUGAGGCUGGAGUUAAAGACAGCUAAAAAAAAAAAUUAGAGUCUUCAACAGCUAAGGGUAAAAAAAAAAAGUGUUGUGCACCAGAUCAAAGUGGGCACUGAUCUGGCCAGGUGCUCGGCCCUCGCUGGUGAGUGUGUGAGGUCUGCUCCUCACACAGCAGCCCUCUCAGUCCCUCUCGUGGUGUCCCAGGUAUGCUGAACACUACCUGUUGAUGCUACCUGCUGAGGUUAGUUGCUAGAGGCUUCGUGCCAAGCUAACAAUACCAACUUUACAACGAGCCUCUUCCAUUUUAGGUUUGGUAAUGAGCUGACUACGACGAUUUGAAGUGACCUUUUUCAGUAACUCUCUAGGAGCCUAAAGUGAACCAGGUGAUGUGUACCCUGGUGGUAAUUAAGCACUAAAGUGAAGUCCUCAGUAAGUCUCAAAACACAUUAAUCACCCUGAAACUGAUGAAUGUUUGGUGCGUUCUUUUUGUGUGAAAAUGAGACCGAAGAAUUCUGACAACAGAACUUUAGCGGGAAUGAUCGGAACAAUAGCAACUCGUGUGUGUGAUUUCUGCAAGUUUCCCAGAUAGAUUUUGAGAAAUCUCUAGACAGUGGCAUUACAGAUAAACUCAGUAAGAGGAUGAUGGCUUCCCAUGAAACCUGGAACGUCACGCUCAUUACAACUUUCCAGUUGUGACAGUCAAUUGGUCUUUCUGCUGCCAUGGAGAUAAACUCAUGACACGUGAGGUCUGGAAAAGAUUGGUGUGCAUUCUCCUUCAUUUGAUACCUGGAAAUAAGGGGUGCUUGGGAGAGCAGCUAUUUCAGUGUCGUAAAGUUUACCGAGCAACCAGUCUCAAUGCUUUCACUUUUAUUCCUUCUCGAUGAAUGAAAGUGAGGUUCAUUGAGUUAGCGCACGAGGGUAAAAGUCACUCUCCACACGCGUGCUUCUUCUGGUGAAAAAGCAUCAAGGCACACACAUAUCAGGAACAGUUGGUGCUUCACUUGCUUCUCCAAGAGGAGCGUGUGCGUGACGACGUGUGGAGGUGGCUCAGUGCAGCCCCAUCGUGCACAGCAAAUGCUCAAAAAUGUGAUGUAAGAUAGUGUAAUUUUAGGCAUCUAUUGGAGAAAGAGCCUUGAGGCCUGGGGACUUACCUAGGUCAUGUGUUCCUUCUUCAUUGGAACUCCCGCCGCACCCCCCUUCCCAACCUUUCCUUCCCUUCCCAUCUCUCACUUCGACUUAAGAUAAUUCAUCACUCCCAACAUACCCGAAGAUGAACAUGUCAAGAUGUCAGUCACAUCCUGACAAGGCUACAUAGGUGCGUGCAUGCGUGUGCGCGUGCGCAUGUGCGUGUGUGUAAUCAUUACAAUGCUGUGUGACUUGUGUGCGACAAGUACCAUGCUCGUGAGAUACAUACCCACAUUUUCACAGGUGAAAAGUACCAGGAGUCUGUCCCGUUAAUAGGAGAACUUCCGCUGCUGGCGGACUAGCCUGAAGGAUGCGAGACUGCGGGAUCCAGGCGGACAUGGAAGUGCCUUGUAGUGGGUCCUGGCGCUGGAUUCCAGCUUACAGGAACCUUACCUAUGUUCCAGGAUAUCCUCUUUUUUUAAUCUUCGCCAUUGCAAAGCCUGACUCCAUCUAGACCUUCAUGUUGGCUGUAUCGUGCGUCUAACACACGGACACAGCUUAUACUCUCAAGACAAAAUAUA